AUGGAGUCUCUCUCCUCGGCGCAGCUUGCACUCACCGAUAUCUACCCUCCUGCCCCAAUAGGGAAACCACGAGACUUCAAGUCAGCGAUAGAGAACAGGGUUAAGGCGCUCAGGGACGGAAGCACCGAAGACUCAUACCUAUCAUUCAAUGGCGUUACACCACAACUUUUCGAAUACAUCGAGAGCCGCCGGCACACCCUUGGAGCCAAACGUGCACGCUUCACCUAUUUCGCUGAUAUCGAGACUCUCAUAGUGAAGGUACCCUCCGAAGCCCACGAGAAGGCCCACGCAAUAAUAGGCCAUGAAAUCUUUUUCCGUCUGAGAAGGAUGGGGAUUGCCCCUGCGGAAGUUAUCCUCGGGGGCUCAUCUAAGGAGGUCGACUCGGCGUACAAGAACUUGAAUGUUAGAUCUCAGGUUGCAUCUUGGCCCAUCUGGGUGGUCGAGGGGGGAAUGUCAAAGUCCUUAGAACGUCUCCGUGGGGACGCGAGCUGGUGGAUCAACCACUCCAAAGGCGAAGUUCAACUCGUCAUUCUUGUCUGGAUCUGUCCCAGUCGAAGGACCGUCAAGGUCGAGACUUGGGUUCCUGAGCGAAGGCCUCCUUCCCCCGCCCCCGGGCCAUGUACCCGCGCGCGUGGCGCUAUCCCGACACUUGGGGCCAGGAAAGAGGACGACGAGGUCGAGAUGAAUUUCUCAGCCAAUACACCAACUUAUCAAGGGCCCCCUGCCCUUGUUUUCCAAUUCAGUCGACUUGUUGGCCGUACUAACCCGCCCGGCGAACAUGAUGUGGUGUUCACCCGGCAAGAACUGUUGCGGUUUGCCAGGGCCAUAUGGUGCGGAAUUAUUUAG